AAAAUGGCUACGGAUGUCAAAAGAGACCAAAAGAUUCAACCGAGAAAAUUUAUCAGCCUGAUAUUUAGCGCUUCAAUAACUCAUUUGACCUAUAUGAAAAAGAAGUGUCUACGAGGUCAAAAGACCUCAGUUCUUUAUAAAUCACGGCACGUGCCUUUUUAUAGAAAUACGAACUCAUUUUUGAAAUGUCGUCGGAUGAAACAUUGGCAGCAGUACUGGAAUCUAACUCUUCUCAAAACUCGGCUAUUGUAGACACGCCCGAAACAAGUGCCAAUGAAAUUGACGCACCACCCGAUCUGGUCACAUGUGAGGACCACGCAGCCGUGGAGAAUGUAAUGGAAGGAUUGGGUUUGGGCGAUGGCGAUCACCACGCUGGGGCUGGUGGGAUAGACUCGUGUGCGAUGGAUGCGUUGGCAGCUCUGAGUUUCGCCAGUGGUCAAUUGUUCUGUUGCCGAGUAUAUCAAGAGUCUGGGGGAUUCUACCAUGACUACUCGUGUGUGCAGUCAACGCUCAAUUUAGAAACGAGAGCCAACUCUGGACAUCAAUUCACAUUCAGUCCUUUCCUGGGCGCCGGUGGGCCAGGAAGUCACAUGACUGGUGGGCUAGGGGGUCACUCCCGCGCACUAAGUGGAAGUCAGGUGAAUCUUCUGGGUGGUUCGUUUAUGCAGAAAUUAGACAAGAGCGUGCAGACAGAGUUCACCAGGUCCUACAAGGAUGAGUUUCUCCGCAGUCUGGCAGAAAUAGAAGGCCUCAAGAUGAAAACAUCUACUUUAUCCAAGGAGCUCAGAGGCAUCAAGGAGCAACAUGGGGUAGGAGGAGGCGAGGGUGGUGGUGGCUCUUGUUGUGGGACAGGGGCAGGAAUGGGAGGAGGAGGGGCUGGUAUUGUGUGUCAUAAACAGUGUGAAGAGAACCUGAACAAAGUCAGGCGUGCUCUGCAGUCGAGGGAGAUUGCAGUCCUGGAGAGGGACUUCCUCUGCUACGAGUAUCAAGAGCAAGAAAAGGUGUAUAAGAAGCGACUGUGUGACCUGGAAAUUGGAAUCGUUUUGGGCAGGCAAAACUACGCACUCAAGUCCAUCGCCUGUGAACAGGUGCAGGCAGAUGCGGCAGUGAAGACAUUCGCCAUCAUCAUGGAGAAGAGACCAGCAUGUAUGGCUGAGUUUGUGAAACAGUUCGAGGAAAGCCAGAAUCAGUGGACCAAAUUGGCAACCGAGUUGACAUCAUUAUCAAGAGAAACGUUGAAGUUCUACACAAAUCAGUUACGAGCUCUUCAGGAAAAUAAUACGCAGUUGCUGGAACUUCCAGUGCUCCCAAAUAUUUCGGUGACAACUGAGAAAGGAAGGGAUCCCUAUAUAUGUCUAGGCGAGUUCUUGGAGCAUUUGUCGACUAUAUUUACAGCUCAGAGCCAAUCGAAGAAUCAACCGGGAUCCAAAGAGGAUAGUUCGAAUUCUGCGUUGCCGAAUGUGUGCGCCAAUGUUUGGAACAGGUUGUUUAGGCCUGAAAAGCCAUCAGUUCUUGCCCCUGGCUCAACGCAACCACAUAACAUCAUGUGUCAGAACAAACACAGACUUCCGCCUGGGCUAUUAGUUCCUCCUGGGUUUUCUCACGAGUCUACUGGAACUGGAAGUCAUCACGCUACUGUACAUCACUCUAGCAUUCCAUUGGUGUUCUGCUCAGCUGGGGGAGGAGGAGCAACGUCUACAAAGAACCUUCAUCAGACUAUUUUCACAACUGCUUCUGGAAGCUCAUGUCCGAACAUGACGCGACACAAGUUACUUUCGUCUCUCUUCUCGGAUCCAACAGCAUCCUCAGUAUCUCAGGGAAUCGGACCCGGGGUGGGAGGUGAAAUCUCGGCGAGCCAUGUGAGCGCACACCUGAAGCACGCUCAUCGAUCAGCCGGAUCCCCUCACGGCUCACGUAGCAGUGACAACAAAGACCACAGUUCAUCUGGCGUGCUCAGCAGUUCUGUAGGGAAUGAAGGACACCGUGGGAAGCAGCAGUGCAUGUGCGGCGUAUGUGGGGAGCCUAUUUGCAAGAUACUGUCUACAAGAGCAUCUUGCAACCAUGUGUUUCAUCCUAAAUGUGCGAUUAUGAUUGACAAAUGCCCAAUAUGUCUGAAAUAGAAUGAAAAUUCAACAACUUUCAGAUCUUGCAAGAUGGCGUUCUUUUGUGGCCUGGCGAUUAAUUGAUAUAAUGAGCAACCCGUUUAAUGUACGCGAUCAGUUUCACUUCUGAAAAAUUGAAUUGCCACCAUCCAAUCGAAACCACCCAAUCCUCAUUCGCAAAAAUGAAUAGCAGAGUUGAGUUAUUUGACAUCUCGACAGGUUUAGUGAACUUUCAGAGAUUAGAACGAUGAACGAAAAGCGAGGUUGAAAUGUGAAUUAAACAACGCGGAGAGAAAUCGAGUUAGAGUUGCUGACCUUUGUUGAUGAACAAAUCCGACCUAAUAUUUAGAGCCGAGCUAUAUGGCGUAGGAUAAGUUUCAAAAGAGUAUAAAUAACGAGAGAAAAUUCUUCUCAUCCAACCAAGAUGUAACAUUGACGAAUCUGGAUUUGUAAUUGCUCAAUUCGUCUACACGCCCUUUGAUCAUGCUUGAUUCAAUUAUGGUAAAUUAAUAGUUUUGUCACUCGAUUUUCUGCGGUUUGCGAGGAUAAAAUUUCUGGUUGCAUAACAAAACAAGUGAAAUCGGUUACUG